UUCCCAGGGCCAGGACGGGCUGUCCCGACCGGCCGGCGGAGCUCCGGUGAUCUGGGCCCACACACCCGGGGCGAGGAUCCGCAGGAAUGCUGCGUCCCAAGGCUUUGACUCAGGUGUUAAGCCAAGCCAAUACUGGAGGAGUCCAAAGCACCCUGCUGCUGAAUAACGAGGGAUCCUUGCUGGCCUACUCCGGUUACGGGGACACCGAUGCCCGGGUCACCGCAGCCAUCGCCAGUAACAUCUGGGCCGCCUAUGAUCGGAAUGGAAACCAAGCGUUUAAUGAAGACAAUCUCAAGUUCAUCCUCAUGGACUGCAUGGAAGGCCGUGUAGCCAUCACCCGAGUGGCCAACCUUCUGCUGUGCAUGUAUGCCAAGGAGACGGUGGGCUUCGGAAUGCUUAAAGCCAAGGCCCAGGCCUUGGUGCAAUACUUGGAGGAGCCCCUCACCCAAGUAGCAGCAUCAUAAUGGUGUUGGUGGACGCUGAGGUCGGAGAAGAGAGAUGAACAUUUGGCGGGGCAGGGUCCCUCAGAAAAAACUUGCUGGACUGUAGGGGUUAGGGGAGAGUUUUGUUUCACCCAAAAUAAAUUUCAACUCCUGCCUGGUGUA